AGACAAAUGAGCCGCUAUAUAUGUCCAUUGUGUUCGAACCCUCAUUUACGACUGUCGGACAUGUCGCCUACCAUCGAGUCGAUAUACCGCGAAGUCGAUGAUCUCGUUGACGAUUGCAAUUGUCAGGAGGCUUACAAAAAAUUGGUAUCUAUGUGUGAUUUCGUUAACGAUAAAGCCGAGUGGCAUCGUAAAUGCGCGGAAGUGUGUUAUAUGGUCAGUAACAUGGAAGAGAAGGAUCAAGAGCGUGUGGAAUGGUUGAAAACAGGGCGACAACAUGCGUUAGAUGCACACGAACUAAACCCUGUUAGUGUACCUAUACUGAAAAUACUCUGCUCCACCACCGGUCGUUUAGCCGAAGAGAGCGGGAUAAGAGAAAAGAUCAGCCUUGGAUUUGAGUUCAAAACAUAUCUCGACCGUGCGGUGGCACUAGAUCCAUUGUCAUUUGAACUAUUACAUAUGCGAGGACGAUUUCAGUAUCAAGUUGCAAACUUGAGUUUCUUUGAAAGGCUGGCAGCAAGAGCUAUCGGAACAUUGCCUCCAACAUCGCUCGAUUCGGCUUUGACCGAUCUACUUGAGUUGAGAUUUUCACCAUGUAAAAACCGGCUUUACAUCGGCCGAGUUCUUCAUGCUAAAGGUGACUACAUAACUGCAAAAAAAUGGCUAGCUCAAGCUGCAUCCGCUAGCUGUGAUGAAGACGAGCCAGUUGAAAGAGAGCAUAUUGAGGCAGCACGAGAACUACUGCUUAGCCGAGUGUAUCAAAAGUAGAUGGAAGAAUCAAAAAUUGUAAUUACUGAAUUGAUACGAGUAAUCCAAUAAUUUC